AUGAAGUUCACAGCUCUCAUCUGCACUCUCAUGGCUGCCGCGGCUGUGAAUGCUUCAGCAGUUCCUGAGAUCCAGGCCAGAGACACUUGCGGCGCUGGCUAUGGUGGUGAUCAACGACGUACAAACAGUCCUUGUCAAUCCUCCAACGGCGAUAGGCACUUCUGCGGUUGCGACAGGACCGGUGUGGUCCAGUGCCAGGGUGGCACCUGGAGAGAGAUUCGGGACUGCGGUAGCGGCACAUGCCACGGUGGCAACGACGGCGGAGCCGUUUGCUAG